AUUUUUGAUUUGUAUAUUUUAAAUGAAAUUUUAAUAAAAACUAAUGCAGUGGAAUAAGUGAAUAAGGCAUUUGACAUUAGCAUUAUGGACAGUAACAUAGUGAAAGCGAAUUAAUAUAUGAUAUGAGAGCAUAUACGCUACGCCCAGGUGCUCUGCCUCUGGCUCUGCCUACGAACCUUUGUGUACAUGUGUGUGUGUGUGUUAAAUAGUGUACAUACAGUACAAAUAACUCGUUUGAUGUACAAUCAUGGAUCCAAACUUGACAAUUGCACUAAAAUCGCCCAGCUUUUAAUAUAGCUUCAACCCAUUAAAAAAGGCUUUGAGUGGAAUAGCAAUUCGAUAUGAAAAACGUCCACCAACUGAUAUUAAGCUCAGUGCUGAUUCCUUGAACUUUAACCCAAGGAGCGUUUUUCUUCAUAAUUAAAAGUGCACAAAAGGCCAUCAAUUUAAUUCCAAAUGAAACAUCAUCCACUUUAACGCUGCGGAGACGUAAUCGCCUACAAGUAUUAAAUCCUUUUAGAUCGAACGCUAGUUUUUGUUACAAUUACGAAACUCUACAAUCGCUCGAAUUUGUGCCUUCUCCAGCCACAGUUGCGGGAGAAAGGGAACAAAACUUGCAAUAGCCUCUUCUACGGCAUAACCCUAGCUCUUUGGCUCUAAUUAUGCGUAGACGUCCGCGACAUAUCCACUGGGCGUUUCUGCUAAUCAUUGCGUCUCAAUUAAUACGUUUCUCGCACUCGCUUUUGGUCGAGGAAACCGAUGUAGUGGCAACAAAGCUCCAUGACGUGGCUGCAACAGCCAAGGGGAAUUCGGACACUAACGCUACGAGUAGUCGAAGCAAUGCCAUUUCCAUUGGCACGAUGGAUAAGCUGGACAUGAGAGUGGGUGCUGUUUUAAUAAAGGUUGCCUAUGGAACGACAUCCACGACCAAACGUAGCAUACCCGACAGCAGCUAUGCGUUAGCCCUAACAACAGUAGCAACACCUCUUCUGACCACACAAAGAUACCAGUCGUCACAUCAGCAACAGAGCAACGGCGGUAGCGCCAGCGGUGGCCGCCACAGAAACUACGAGUUAGACCUGGAAAGAGAUCAUGCCUUGCCAACGUCGGCGCCCAAUGCCGACAUUUUAAAGAGUAAUAAUAAUCCUACAUACCCAAAUCCGAACCGACAUCACUCGCAUGACAGGGAUCGUCACCGUCACCCAAUGCAGUACAAUUCCACACCAAUGCCGUCAAUUCCAAAUUUACUAAAGAAGACAAAUGGUCAGGCGCCGACAAUACCCAUGUAUCCAGGAGAUAUUCCUUCAUACUCUCCGCCAUCGAGAUCAUUUUUUACUCCGCCGUUGCCUCCAGAGUAUCAAAACCCAUUUGCCGACAAGCCAACGUUGCGUGGUACAAAUAACGAGGGGGGCGCCGGAGGCGGCCUCAUGGCCAACACUGGGACCUAUAUUAACCGACGGCCAAUCCCACCACCUAGCCUGAUGCCGGGUCAUGAGAGGAUUCCCUAUCGACCGCCAGAUCUCGCAGGGGCAGGGGCCAAUGAUCCAAGUGUCAUGGCAAAUGUAAGUUAUGUGAAUGGUGUGGGAGGGGAUACCAAGAAUCCCAUUGUCUCCACCAGCACUCAGGGUGCAGCUUCGGCUUCCGAUCUUGAGCGCAAGAAGGCGCUUAAUACACCUGCCCGCCCAUCAUCUCCAUAUGGAAAUGAUGACUAUGCUAACAGCAGCAGCGAGCAACAGCGAACCCACCUUUCCGGCAAGGAUCCUGGCAAGGAUACGAAGAAACGACAGGAAGUGUUACCUAACAUACGCCGCAUCCUGGGCUCAAAUGGCAAGGGCGACAUCCCAGCAGUAUUAUUAAAGCAGGUUACUCAACGUCCGCUUACUAACUAUCACCAUCCACCAUCAUCCCCCAUCGUUCUAAUCGAGAAUGGAACAUCUGCUGCGGCGACUGGCUCAGAACGAAGGCCGUCUCCAACAGAGCGAGAGAGCGAUGAUGUAGGAGCACCAUCGAGUGCCGCCAGUCCCAAUAUAAAUCAAAGCAAACACACGCCUGGUGGACAAGACGAUUUAAACCACGCCGUCGCUGCCUAUGGUGGACAGAAUAUCAGUCACUACCACCAGUCUACGUCCUCAGUGACAACGCCGGCGGCGGCUGCCGCUAUAGGGGAUGUGGCGGCCACAUCGUAUUCUUAUGCAACCACUAAUCACAACCAAGCCAGGCCCACAUCCAGCAUGGGUGUUCCAGCCACUGGUUCGGCAGAGACAACAACUUCCGGCACGGGAUCAGGUGCUUCUGUAGCUGCCGCAGCUUCAGCUCACACCACAUGGACCUGGGCAUGGAACGUGCAUAUAUAUUUGUCGGUGGUACUCUUUACAAUUUUAUCGGUCUAUUCCCUCUACAAAUUGCUCACUUACAAUAAGUUGACUCAUCUGUUUGCCCAAUCCUACUUCGUUUGCAUACAUCUCAUCCUCAUUGUCAUAUGCAUAAUGCGCAUUUCCUAUCUGUGCUUCGAUGCCUAUAACAUUCACGGCACUUUCCACAUCUUUGCUGCCGAAUUGCUACUGAAUCUGCCAGCCACGUUCUUGACGGUGGCAUUUGCCGUGCUAAUGCUUUACCUGUUCCUGAAGUCUCUGAACCACAAGAACAACCGUUAUUCCGCUUUGAUACGCCCCCUAACUGUGAUCGUAGGUUGCGGUGUUCAUAUCGUGCUCUGCAUUACUCUGCAUUAUGUCGAGUCGUAUACACUACAGAAUCAUCAUUUAUACUACCAGCAGCAACACCAGCAUCAAUACUUUCGCCGCCAGCAGCAAAGCCCAAGUCAGCCAAGUCAACCCAGUCAGCAAUCCGGGCAGACAGCGAGUGUGUCGGGACCACCACCUCCGCCACGAGUGCUUACACUUAUCUGUCAGAUCAUCUACAUAUUUAUUUGCUUGAUUUUGGGGCUUCUCUAUCUGUACCUGUACCGCAUCUUAAAAAGGAUUUUGCGCAGCAAAUCGCAAAACUAUAUACAUGGAUAUCAAAAUUUGUCAUAUGCCAUUCACAUCACCAUUGCCACGGCACUGCUCUUUGUUUUAAUGGCUGCCCUCCAAAUCUUCGGGGCAAUAUGCAUUUCAUCAGCACGUCCACUGAUUAGCCAGGCCACUAUAGUCGAAAUCGAUUGGUUGCAGUGGGGCUAUCAGUUCUCGCUUCGGUUAAUUGAGAUUGCCAUCAUUACGCUGAUUUCGUGGGUUACUGGGCUGAAGACCAGUGUUGGCCACAAUGCCUCAGGUCAUGUGGGAGGAGUUGGACCUGCUGCCAGUAGCGAUCUACGCUUGGGCAUGGGCUCUUACGGGCAAUCAAGUGGCGGUAGUGGCGCGCCAGGUUCUGGCAAUGGAAUACCUAGAGAAAAACCUGGGGCAGGUGGAGGCCAUCAUAAUUUCUUUUUGCCUUGCACCUCGAGCUCCAGUCAGGAACAGUUCGAGACAGACUAUCCUGCUAUUUGUAACACCAACACAAAUCUUCACACCUACACCAUGCGCACUGGGAAGCUAAUAUAUGACGAUAGCUAUGCCCUUAAUCCUCUUGGUCAAACGACUACAGCAGUAACGGCGGGAACUCCGAGCGAAUUUCAGCUGCAAGAACCAAUGUACCAACGGCCAUACGAUACGGGAUCAGGAUCAAUUAGAAGUGCUGUGAACCACAACAUAGCUGAUUACUCUUCACAGUCCACCCAAUCACAAAGAUACCCACAUCCCCAUCAUAUGCGAUUACACGAGCAGGGUGCAUACAUGAGCACCGAUUAUAUGACAGACGCCACCACCGAUCAUUACGAGAAUCCCAAUUUUGAUUUGCGUACUAGCUCAACUGGAAUGGGUACAGGACCUGGUGCUGGAACUAUGCAGAAAUUAAACAAGAACCUUCAUACGGCCAGCAGCUCUACCGCUUUAAGCAGUGGCGCCUCAGCCUCUGGUUCAGGUUCAGGAUCUGCAUCUGGUUCAUCGGGAACGUCCCAACAGCAAAUGCUUCUAUUGCAGAGUGAUAGCUGCUACUCUGAGCCCAUGCAUCAGGAAAAUUCAAGUUAUGAAUUCAACAAUUUCGAGCGACCAACAUUUAAGGAAAAGACCCUUAAUCAAGGCCCCCUUUCUAAUGAUGAAUGCUGGCCUGGAGACAUAAGACAUAAGCUGACAAAGAGCCGUGACAGGAAGCACAACAAUAACAACAGUCACACGCGUACACUAGAGCGAGCUGGAUUUGAAAAUCCAGAACGGCGCAGCUCCAACUCGACCAACUCAUGUUCCUCCUCCAAUGGAGGUGGCGGAGGAGGACGAUAUGCCAGUUACAAUACGUGCGAGCGUGGCUACUUCAACGGAGUCCGCAAAAGUGGCACUCUGAAUAGCAUUGCCAAUGGAUCUGGUGCUGGGGGAGGUCCUGGACGCGCCAUACCAGUGCCUAUAUCAGCCUCUGCUGGAGGACAGCGGUUAGUAGGCAAUGGAGUUCAAACCUUGGGGAUCUCAGACAGAGAUAGAGCUCACUAUUAUCAGAGAAGUGCUGGAGGCCGUAACGUUCGAUCCAAUGAUUUAGCACUAUUCUCCAGAGAAACGGUCAAUUGCGUGCCACCUUCACUCAAUCAUAAACAACAACAGCAUCAGCAACAACCAUACACCCAUGAUGCUGAAAAUGAAGAUGAGGAGGAGCCCAGAACUGAUCAUGAUGAUGACGACGAAGAUGACGAUAUGAUAUCAGGAAGCAAUGUAGAGUGCACAAAUUUGAUAAGCAAUGAGAACGGUCCCUGUAUCCCUAACGAAGGCAACGGCAAUGCUUUGAUAGCAUCGGUAAUUGGCCAUAGCCCCCAUCCACAAUCACAAUCGCAUCCUCAUUCGACACACCAUCACCUGCAUGUACAAAAUAAUACUGCUGCAUCCUCGUCAACAUCUGCGGCGGCAUCGGUCUCAUCCAACAGUGCCUCGGAUAGCAUGCUGGUGACCGAACAAGGUUUCCUGCGCUUCCGUGCACUAGAGGACCCCAACAGUACCCCAACCAUUCCGGGUGCGGCUGCCUCCUUGUCGUCUGUGCGUCAUCAGAGUCGCAAUGCGACUAUAAACGGCAUCGAUUGUUAAGAAAAAUAUGUGUGAGUCAAAGGGAUUUUCAAGUAGAUCAUUUUAAUACAGCUAGUUGAGAUCGAAUCGAAUCGCGGGAACUCAGGGAUCUCUCCCAAAAUAAAUUUCAGCUUCGGUAGAAGAAACUAAAAAGUUUUGAACAGGUCCUUCUAAUGCCUUCGGUAUUCGGCAUCUACUACCGGUACCGAAUGAAGCUCACAAGUAAAGCAGAUCCAUUGAAAUGUGGUUCAUUAAUCAUAAAAAUAUCUACUGCAACUAAAAUUUGUUAUACCACGCGUCCCCGAUAUAAAUCGAAUUUCUAUAUCCGAUGCCGAUUUAUGCCAAUAGUAGUUAAUUCGCCACUUUCUACUCUCUUCAAACUUGUGAUAUAUGUAAUAACGAAUACACAAAAUUAAUAAUACGAAAAAGUAAUCUGGCAUACUCGAAUUCAAGCUUGAAUUCGUUAGAACGUAUGCAUAUAUUGUAUAUACAUACACAUCAUACGUACAUACAUGCAUACAUACGCUACAGUAUGUGUGUGCAUUUAUAGCAUAUUCAAAUUAUUUAUUUCAUAUAAUACCGACACACUUCCAUUUGAUAUUAACUUAGCCAUUCACCCAUCUUCAGAUUAUUGAGAGUUUAACUAAAUUUACAGUUCUCUUGCAAUGAAAUAAUGUUGAUUUUGGUCUGGAGAGGAAUAAAGCACAUGACUUCUAUUAGUUUGUCCUUCUCUUUAUAUUAAUAACAAUUACAAAGUUGGUCCGCAUACAUACACAAAUGUACUAGAUACUAUCUGUAGGGAAAUUAGAGCUAAGCAAUCAAACGUGCUUGUCUUUAUAUUUUAUUGCCACUGAUUCAUAAACCAAACAAAAAAUA